UCUCACCUACUACAUCCUCGUUGGCAUGCAGAUCAAAGGAAGAAUCCAGCAGUAGCAGCAUUCCAAGUACCGCCGAUACCGGUACUCCACCGAUCCAUGGAUGAUACCGAUGUUGACGAUGCUUUCAUCGGCCACGAGGGACGACCGCUGUUGGACUCACUAGAAAUGUCGUCUUCUCUGGAACAGUCAACAUCCAAGGAAAUCGGUGACAAUACACUGCUGUUGCAGAUACUGGGAGCUAACCGGAGCCCACCGAGAGUGUUGACGAUGAGCGAACAGGACAAUGACGCACAAUCUGUGGAGAUGGAGAACCAUAGUAGACGGGACGGGCGUACGGUGGAGAGCAUCGAUUUGAUUCGCGAGCAAUUGGAACGUAUCAAGGAGGAGGAGGACAUUGAAACCAAAUCGAAUCUGUUGAUGAAGCUGUUGGCAGAGUUGCCGGAAGGACCGCUACCGAUUGUGUACGUCGAGGAUGCUUCCGGUUCCGGGGUAGAAGAUGUGAGCGAAGCCGAGGACGUCAUUGGUAGCGAUGAGUACAGCGACGGUGGUAUCGUAACGCAUCUGUUUACUCCUAACGGUGGUAAGCGAUCUGGACGGUUCCAUCUACGCUAUCCGUGGAAGCGCCAGAACGCACGUAAACGGCCGUACGAUGACGCUCGUUUUCUUUGCGUCCCCAGUCGCGAUGACGUGUUUAAGCUGCUUAUCAGUCAACACGAGAACCGAAUCGGCAACCACCAGCAGAAGACGGUUAGCUUCUGUAACCGAAAGCGCCCAGCAAAGGCCAUAUUCACUAACAUUCGCUUCCUGGGUUAAGGCUGCACGCGAGGUAACACGAGAGCGAAUGAACGGACGACACCGCAAGCCUCUCGAAUAACCUUUAGUUUCGCCAGUUCCCAAUGUCGGAAUGUGAGAAAUGCCCCAAAAAUAG